AUGACCCCUACAAGUGCUUCCUCGUCUCUGGAAGGAAUGCCAGUGGUGGCAGCUGUCAAUUCUCCAAUUGCUCAACAACAAGCUCAGCAAAAUGUAAAUAAUCCUGCUGGUUCCAUCUAUCUUUCUGAGAGUGCCCACAAUACCGCAACGAAUACUACUAGUUCAGACGGCUUUUCUAUUGCGUCCCAUACCCUAGAUAUUAUCACAAAAAUGAUUGUCUCUUUGGAAGAUCGACAGGUCAAAAAGGGUUGGAGGUUGUAUUUUGUUUAUGUACUCAUGUACGCACAUUUGAUUUGGACUCAAAUGAUGGUCCAACCAUUCGUGACUAUCAAUGAGGACAAUAUGGUGCCUAUGUUUUUCAAGCAUUGA